AUCAGACAAAAAAGAAAACAUUACAAAAUAAUAAUAUUACAGAGAGAUUUGUCUACCUGUAGUAGUCCGUCUGUAUCUCAAACCUUUUCUUUGAUUGCUCUCUCUCUCCUUCCUUCCUCUCGCGUGGACCUAUUUCUCGUUACUGUCCUCGAAUCUCGCUUUUGAUUUUGGAGUCUUUUAAUUUUUCCAGAUCUGCUUUCUAUUUAUCUCUCUCGCUUAACCCUAGAUUUCUCCGCAAGUUUCCUUUUUGUUAUUAAAUCGCGAUUGUGUGACAUUGACCGUAGGAAAACCCUAGACGUUGUCGUUUCUUGCUGUACAGAUCUUUAUCCGUAGGGCAGAGUCUUUUGGUUUAGAUUAGCGAUUUAGACAUCGAUCAAGCUUGUGAUGAUGAACAACAACAACAACCGAGGAGGAGGAGGAGGAGGAGGAGGAGGAAGGUAUCCUCCAGGGAUUGGCGCUGGCCGUGGUGCUAUCAACAACCCUAACCCUAAUUUCCAGUCCCGCCCUGGUUACCAACAUCAGCAGCAGCCGCCGCCACAGUACGUUCAGCGCGGCGGCGGCGGUUACGCCCAUCAGAAUCACCAACAACAGUUUCAGCAAGCCACGUCCCAGCAGCAGCAGCCGCAUCGAUACCAACAGCAACAGCAACAGCAACAGCAGUGGCUUCGAAGACCACCACCCCAGAUCUCUCCCGGUAACAGUAACGGUGAUGCUGUUGUGGAAGUCGAGAAAACUGUUCUGUCCGAAGCCAUCGACACAAAUUCGGAAGAUUGGAAGGCGAGGCUAAAACUACCUGCACCUGAUACUCGCUACAGAACAGAGGAUGUGACAGCCACAAAGGGAAACGAGUUUGAAGACUAUUUCCUGAAGCGAGAUCUUCUAAUGGGAAUCUAUGAGAAGGGUUUCGAAAGACCUUCUCCAAUCCAGGAAGAGAGUAUCCCUAUCGCCUUAACUGGUAGAGACAUCCUUGCCCGAGCUAAAAACGGCACUGGCAAAACUGCCGCCUUUUGUAUUCCUGUCUUGGAAAAAAUUGACCAAGAUAACAACGUUAUUCAAGCUGUGAUAAUUGUUCCAACUCGAGAGUUAGCCCUUCAGACAUCACAGGUGUGUAAGGAGAUGGGGAAGCAUUUGAAGAUUCAAGUCAUGGUGACCACUGGAGGCACCAGUCUAAAAGAUGACAUCAUGCGUUUGUAUCAGCCUGUCCAUUUACUGGUAGGAACCCCUGGGAGGAUUCUGGAUCUUACCAAGAAAGGUGUUUGUGUUUUGAAAGAUUGUUCCGUGUUUGUUAUGGAUGAGGCUGAUAAGCUUUUAUCUCAAGAGUUCCAACCUUCAGUGGAGCAUCUGAUCAGCUUUCUACCGCAAAACCGUCAGAUACUGAUGUUCUCAGCCACGUUUCCUGUCACUGUCAAGGAUUUUAAGGAUAGAUUUCUGACGAAUCCUUACAUCAUCAAUCUCAUGGAUGAGCUUACGCUCAAGGGUAUUACGCAGUUCUAUGCUUUCGUUGAAGAACGACAGAAAAUUCAUUGCUUGAAUACACUAUUCUCCAAGCUGCAAAUUAACCAAUCGAUCAUUUUCUGCAAUUCUGUGAACCGUGUGGAGCUCUUAGCUAAGAAAAUAACAGAACUUGGGUAUUCGUGCUUCUACAUCCAUGCAAAGAUGCUUCAAGACCACCGAAACAGAGUGUUCCAUGACUUCCGCAAUGGUGCAUGCCGCAAUCUUGUGUGUACUGACCUGUUCACACGUGGUAUUGACAUUCAAGCAGUCAAUGUGGUGAUAAACUUUGAUUUCCCAAAGACUGCAGAAACUUAUCUACAUAGGGUUGGUCGAUCAGGAAGGUUUGGCCAUCUUGGUUUAGCUGUGAAUCUCAUCACCUAUGAGGACCGCUUUAACCUUUACCGGAUUGAGCAAGAGCUUGGAACGGAGAUCAAGCAAAUUCCUCCGCAUAUCGAUCAGGCAAUUUAUUGCCAAUAACCAAGGGUUUGACCCCCCUUGGUCUGCUGUUAGGUGUCUCAGUAAUAAGUGGUUGGUUGAAGCAAUGGGUAGAAAGUUGUCUUAUCUAGCCAUGGCAGGACAGCGACAACCCAAAAAGUCUUCUCAUUCUGCCUCUACCACCAAAAUAAUAUUAUGUGUGCGUCUUUUGAGUUUCCCUUAUUUAUAAGAUUCAACUACAUAUAAACAAGGCCUAGAAGGUUUGAAAUUCCGGGUAGUUGUGGAAGUGAAGUUUUUUUAAUGUAGUUUUCACAAAUCGUUUGAUGCUAUUACGUGUCUUUCUUUGUCGUAGACUGGUCAGUGGUUUAAAUGUUGUGAUGCGUUUUCAAGAAGCUGUGCUUUGGUGACUCUUUAGUGUCCUGUUUUGGGCUUUUCAACUUCAAUAUUAAGUCUUUGCAACCUUAA